AUGUCGCUGGCGCAUCGCUCUCCGGCGUUGUCCGGCGAGGGGGGGACUCCGCGCGGGCGCGGCUCAGAGGGCAGAAACCCCGGAGACUUGCCGUUUCAGCUCGACUCGUAUGACCCAGACGAGCCGCAGCACUCGCACGGCGCUCCAGCGGAGCCUGCAGAGGGGGGGGAGGCGCGGCGGCGGUCGCGCGGAGAUCAGCAGGUCCGAGAGCGUCCUCAGCAGAGGAGACGAAAGCCGCAGAAAGGCUGUGACGGCGGGGGGCCUGGGAGCGGUGCGCACUGCGCCGCCGCGGCUUUCUCCGCGGCUUCGAGCGGAUCUGCCUGUGGUCUUCCCUCGCGUCUCCCUCCGCGGCCGGGGCCCUGCUCCACGCCGUCUUCUCGGACGCCUUCCUCGUCUGCAUCGCGUAGCGUCUCCAGCGCGUUCACCUCUUCGCUUCUCUCCAGAGACGGGCAGGGCUCUCCAUCUUUCACUCCCCGCAUCGGUCCGUCGAGCCCUGGUAGCGGCGCAGGCGCAGACGAGCGCGCCGUCUCUUCGUCGCUGGCGUGCGACCGAGGGUCGCCCCUGCGUUCAAACCAGGGGCUGGCUCCUACGGGCCUUCGAACGCCCCCGUCGUUUGCCGCCGGCAGUGCGUCGGCUAAUCAUUUGCAUGGGAGCCCUGGCGGGGAGGGUGUCCGUGGGAAUUUUCAGUUUUAUGACAGCGUGAAUAGGCUGCGUGGCGCACGUCGUCGCGACAACGAAAGCUCUGGACUGGCCUCGGGUGCAGGUCCUCGUCUGGGAGCCCCGCAGGCCGUUUCACCCAAGAACUCGCCUCACCAUGCACCGAGUAGCAGCAUUCUGGCGUCUUCCGCUUCUUUCUCUCCGGAUAUUCGGGGAUGGAUCAACCCUACUUCGUGUUCCCCGUCCUCAUUGUUCAGUCGCUGUGGAACAGGACAGGGGGAGGGAGUAGGGCCAGGAGGAGCUUGUGGCGGCAGGAACCCGCAGGAGCCUCGCCGACAGCUUCCGCAGGAACUCUACAACGUGCCGGGCAUUCCGCGUUUUGAGGACGAAAAAGCAAAUCCUCAGGGCUUCUUGUCUGAAAAGUCGAUGUUCGCAGCCGCCUCCGUGCUGCCUCCCAAUCGAGCGAAUGGAUCAUUCGCGCCCACGGAGCUUGUCGGGGCGCUCAUAGCCGCCGCAGGCGGCGGCGCCGCCUUGGGUCUCGCUGAUGUGGGGUCGGGGCGGAACUUCAUGAGUGGAGGAGUCUCUGUGGGAGCGGACGAUAGUGCAGGGGUCCCAAGGCCGGAGUGCGACGCGGCCGCCCUUCUCGCCGCGCUGACCGAGGCAGGCGCAGAUGCUAGUGCACGGAACGGGGCGUGGGGAGGCGGGAAUAAAAUGAGCAGAGCUGAGGCUGUCGAGUUUUUUCUUAGGGCAGCUGCUGCGGUCGCGAGUGGCAGUGGAGGACCCGGAGAAAAGACGGAGGAACGAAUGGAGAACAGCGUCGCAACGGGUGAAGUGCGGUCGCUUGCGUGCGGGGGCCCACUCCAUUACUCCUCCUCCCCAUCAGCCUCCUUGGGUUUUGAGGAGCUGUCGUCUGUGCACUACCGCCCUCAAAGCGCCGAGAAGCACCGUGCGGCUGACACCGUGGGUCAGCUGCAGGACGAAGGAAAACGCCAGUGCGGGGUGCCGCCGUCCAGCUCAAGCGACUCCUUGUUUAGCGAUAAUCUCUUUGGUGGGUGUGACCGCUCGUCGCCUCUGCAGCACGCACUGUCUGCGUGUCGUUGUGUGUAUCCGCCGUCUGCUAAGAGGGCCGACGCUCUCGAAGCCUCUGGGUCCGCCGCGCCCGUCGAAGGUGCUGCGUCGGACGCGGCCUUGUUUCGGGUAGACCUUGGAGAGCGCCGCGGUGCAAACUCGGAUGCUUGGGAGAUGAAGAUUUCCUCGGCUAACGUGGACUCGUCGGACUCCCGCAGGGCGCGUCAGCCGGGGGGUGAAGGGACUUCUACGUGUGGUGGCUGGGCGACGAACGCGUCGGGUCGGACCCCCUUCAGUCGAGCAGCCGGGACAGGUCUUGGCGUGUUCACUGGUGACGUGGCAAACUCGGUGGGGGGAGCCAAAUGCCAGUCACAGUUCUCCAGCGCGUCUCACCUCUCGCCGUCCAUUGCGUCGUCGUCGUCGUUUGCUUCAGCAGCAGGAGGCGGAGCCUGGUCUGCAGGAAGCGUCAGUGCCGCGUCGCUUGCAGAGAAGAGUUCGUGGGGUGCGUCCCUAGGGACAGGACCUGAGGCGGCUGCCGGGUCGACGACUCACGCGAGUCAGGGAAGCGGCGGCAAACCUGGCGAAUCCGGAAGUGUGAAUGGAGGCCAUCAGGCAGUGGGACUACCGUUCGGAGGCGGCUUUCCGUGGAGUCCCGCGUCGCCCGGGGCGGGCCUCGACGCGUGUGCAGGCGGGUCGCGUCUGUGCGGCGUCGAGCGCGCCUUCGGAGGCGCAUCGCGCUCGGCUGCAGCGGGCAGCCAAGUGGGGAACGACUCGUGGCUGGACGAGUUAACCGCAGGCGGCGACGUGUCUGGGACGGCGAACCGAGAUGCGUCCUUGGCGGCGCGCGUCCAGCGUGGCAGGGGAGCAAAGAGGUCCGCGACGGUGCAAAGUCGCUACAGGAGAUGCGCAUCAGUGCCUGGGGAGUCGGGUGCGGCCGUCACCCGCACCCGACUAACAUCGGGGAGGAAGGAAGACGGCGCAGAAGAGGAGAAGGUAGAGCGGAGGACGGGAGCAGCGAGAAGGAGCGCAAGCUGCGAUGCGGUCUCCUCCCUGCGCGCUGAGAGAGGCAACAGGACUGGGACGGCAGCGGACGGGGGUGAUGGACUGUCGAUGGAGCCGGGUUUCGGAGUUCCGCGCGGAGUGGACGGGAGCCCUCUUCGUCUGCAUCCGUGGACGAAUGCGACGGGGCCCCGUCUUCGAGGCGAUCGGCAGCGUGAUAGUGACGUGGCGAGUGGCGGGGCGCAGAGGGCCGUUCGCCAGUCCGCCACGUCCGCAGGCCAGUGCGGUCUGCCGUUUGCAGCAUCCUCCGCCGAUGACAGAAAGGCAGAGGCACACGUAGUGCAGCCACUGUCGAGCGGCACAUGCCUUGGGGACGCUUUCGCAGUCUCCUCGGCGGGGAGAGGCUCUCCGUUCGUUUCUCGUCCGUCAGAAGGCGCGAAGGCGAUGGAUGCGGCGGGGAGCACGGCGAGUUUGGCGUCAGCAGAAGGCACGGGGCUGCCGGCGGCGCACGGAGGUCCGAGCUGUGGGGGGUCCAGCGCCAAGCAUACGACGUCUACUUCCGGCGUUUCCUUAAGCAUGGGCGCUGCAGGGGCUGAGCGAAGUCACUCGUUCGACAAACGCCAAACUGCGUCGUCCCAAGGGUACUUCGGCAUCGAAGAAACGCAGACAGCGACCUCUCUUUUGACGAUUUCCGCGGAGAAAGCAGGGGCCCGUGCUUCGGGACCGAAAGGUGCUAGCGAGCAGCAGCCGGAUGAGCGAGGAGUUUUGAGCUUCAUAGACAGUUUUCCACCUCGGGCAGCUGUGGCACUGUGGGGUGACAACCCAGUGGUGGACCAAGGAGCACCCCUGCGCGAACAUUCUUUGCUGUCUCAACCCGCUGUACCUGCAAGCGACGAUGUUGCGUCAGGUUCAUUCGCUGGAACAGGGGCGGUGCCGCCAGUCCCCAAGCUUGAGUGGCUCGUACAACAGCGCAAGUCCCACCAGCAGCAGCAGCGCAACCAGCAUCAACAGCACCAACCGCAAGUGUGGAUCGGGAGCCACGCGCCGCUAGGCGGGGCAGUAGGCGGUGCGGAGCCGGGCCUUUGUGCACAGGAUGGGGGUUGUGGUGGAGCACACCCAGGGAUAUCCCCUGCCUUCUCGUUGGAUGGCGUUGCGCCAGCUCGGUCUAGUGAAGCGGCGGGGGGGGUCGCAGCAGGCGAUGGCAUUGCACCUUCUCUCCCAACUCGCGAUUCGCUGCCCCAGAACGACUUGUAUUCUCUGGUGCUCCGAGUUGCCAGCGAGCUCUCUCUGGUAUCAUCGUCGAGCAACGACCAAGCAUCGCAAGGCUUGGUGUCCCCCAACCCCAGUUUUUGCGGGAGCCUGCGGUCAGACGUCUCUGCAGAGCAGUUACACUUGUCUACGCAGGGGGGAGGAGCGGUUCGCGGGGUGAACGCCGGAUCCUGCAGUCGACCGAAUCUGACUGUGAGCGCGGCUGAGGGCGCGUCAGCGCUGGAACGACCAAGGGCGUUGUCUGACUAUUACCUGCCCUUGAGCGGCUAUGCGCCCCCCCCAGGAGGGAAAGCGGGCAAGUCCGAGAGUCUCACUGCGGCGGCAUCCGCAUCUUUCAACGGAUCAAAUCCUCUGUUUUUCACAAGGGAGAACCCGUGCGGAAGCGAUCGGAUCCCGAUCUAUGCGGACAGUCCCCCUGGACUGGGAGGCAGGCCGAAUAUGCGCAUGAGUGCCUCCGCGUCUUCGUUUGGUCCGUCAGGAAGUCACGGACGAGGCGGGGAGGCCUUUCUGCGAGGCACCGAUCGCUUCGGCUUCCUUGGCCUCCGUAGUGGCUUGGGUAGCCCUCUCGAUGCCGUGGGAGAAGAACAAGGGAUAUCUAGCUGUAAUUCCGAAGACGGGAUGCGGGGGCCUAGGCGAGGCGCGGCGGAUCGUGGAGAUCGGACGGGCGAAGGUGGAGAAGCCCGUGUCGACGCGGACAAUGAAAUCGACCGCAUCCGAGAUCUAGUUAGCCGGUGGGUGGGACUCGGGGGUGAGUCGUCAGGGAGCAAGGAAUCGGUGGGAGAUGACUCGUCUUUCGAAGCUGCUCGCGGCGGCGGAGGGAGAAUGAAUUGUAACCUGUCUGUCGCUGGGAAGAUGGAGACACUCCGCGGCGGUAGCAAGUCACCGUUGCCACCGAAGAACUCUCGUAACGCAUUAGGAGAGUUCGUGGAUGCGGAUCAUUACGAGCCUACAUCGGGCUUCAGGGCGUAUGCCAGCAGUCCAGUGCUUUACCAAGGUCCGUACCAGUCACAGCAACUCAGGGGCAACGAUGUGGAAGGGACGUUUUGCUCGAAGCUUGGGCGAAGUCAUGGGCUUUCCGAGUCGAAGUGCGGGUCGAUGGAACCAGCGCGCUCUCAAGAGCGUCGGCGUAUGGUACAUAGCAACAGUCAAGGAAACGAGGCUCUGCAGUCGCCCCUAGAUGAUCGGUUAUUCUUGGCUGCUGAGUUGGAUCGGUGUCCUGAAGACAUUCGAGAGCUGCUUGUCAGCCACCUUCUCUCGAUCGGCGUGUCUGUCCCGGGUCGUUCAGCGCUUGAACCGCCACCGCCACUAGGCCGGGCUGCCAUCUCCUUGCCUUAUAACUUGGAGAAAGGGCAGACAGAGGAAGCGCGCAACUCAGCGGGUGGCCUGAGAUCUUCGCCUAGUGAUGCAGCUUUCUUCACAGGGCUUCCGUCACAGUUUAUCCAGGCUGUCCUCGGGAAAUCGGCGAGUGCAGGUGACUUGUUAACUCCACCAGGAAUAGAGCCGGCCCACGCCUCCGAGCAGUCCUCUGGACUCGGUGGUUCAACAGGAUCGGGUGCGGAUCCGAAGGCAGAUGCUCUCCACGCUGUUGUCGCCAAGACCAAGGAGAUGCGCUGGCUGCAAGGUCUAGAAACAUUCCUGGAGCAUCAAGCCAAAAAGGGGGGAGGCAGCGCGCCUGAAGCUAUGGUGGCAGCUUUUGCUGCGGCGGGGGCCAUCGUGGGACCUCUUUUCGGCUCGACUGGCGCAGAGGCGGGUCUUCGGGGAGCACCGCCGCGAGGAGUGGCGGAUGCAAACUCAGGACGAGCGGGAGGGCACUUGGGACGAGUUGCAACGGUGCCUGCGUACCUUGAGGCCUGUGCGUCCGGCGCGCCAGGUGGCAACAAGUCGAAUUGGGGUGCGGAGUUCGGCGCCGAAGCGAAUCCUUUGUCUUGGUUGUUGACAGGGUCAGCCAGUGGAGAGUCCUUGACGGGGCGCCAGGGAGUAUCCUCGUUGACGAGUGGCAAGAAGCAUGAAGAGCAACCACGAAUGGCGAAAGCCAGUUGUGACAGUGCUGGAGUGGGACUCACUGCGGUAGAUAUGUCGAGCGGCAGCAAUUCCAAGCCGGGUAGUUCGACUGGAGGCGCGCCAGGAAGCACGACGAAUUGCCCGAAUUCGCAGUCUGCUACCCAGCCGCGGCGGAAGGCCCCGAGGCCGUCGAAGCGUCAGAGAGUAUUGAUCCGUGCCCUCGCCUACGUGAAGCAGCGCAUUCGCGUUCUCGAAGGGGAGGUGGCGCCGUUACUUUCUCAGAGCGGAUUGGCAUCUUCUCUUCAGGAUGUCAAUCAAGCGCCGACGUCUAUGCCUUCUGUCAUGAAUUGGGAAUCCAAUAAAUGA